AUGGCGGAAGCUGCCAACGUUAUGUCCAUAAUGACCCACAACAUUGAGAAGGGCAUCUGCCAGAACGCGAACGCGUUGGCGCUCAAGAUGCCGAAAAACGUCCUGAAAGAGGUUGUGAAGGCGGAGAACCGGCACGCGACCCAGCAGACGCCUGCGGGUCUGCAGGCGGAAGAGACUCUACGCCAGCUGCAGGGCCUAGCAGGGGACAUCGGCGAGCGGCUCAAGGUCAGGCACGACGAGUACAACACUUUGAAGAAGUUUAAGGAGCAGCGCCAACUUGGCGGCCCGGACAGUUCCUUCAAGUGGGAUUGA